AUGACAGGGGCAACUAUCAACCAGACAAACGUCCACACCCCGACAGACAGGACCCGCUGGCGCCUGAGGGCCGACGACGGCAGACAGAUCUGGCACUACCUCAGUGAAGAGGAGCACAAGGCCAACCCCCAGACUGACAUUGAAAAGUACUGGCUCGGCCUCAAGCUGGAUGCACCAGAGUUGACAAAGCCAAAGACGGCUCAGGAGGCAGCCAGGAACGGAUACGAAUUCUUUAAGCGUCUCCAAAACGAGGAAGGCUUCUGGUCUGGAGAGUAUGGUGGACCCAUGUUCUUGCUUCCCGGUCUUGUGAUCACUUAUUACAUCACCGGCGAGAAGAUGCCCAACGGAUGGGCUCAGGAGAUCAUCCAAUACCUCUUCAACCGUGCCCACAAGGACGACGGCGGAUGGGGCUUGCACAUUGAGGGUCACUCGACGGUGUUUGGAACGGCAUUGAAUUACAUUGCGCUUCGUCUCUUGGGCGUCGAUGCCGAGCACCCCGUCUGUGUCCGUGCCCGGGGCACCCUCCACAAGCUCGGAGGAGCAACGGGAUCGCCAUCAUGGGGAAAGUUCUGGAUGGCAACAUUGGGAGUAUACGACUGGGAGGGUAUGAACCCCGUUCCCCCAGAGCUCUGGCUCUUGCCCCACAUCCUCCCCAUCCACCCCGGUCGCUACUGGUGCCACACCCGUAACGUCUACAUUCCCAUGAGUUACCUCUACGGCCGUCGUGCCACCUUCCCCCUCAACGACCUCACCCGCAAGCUGCGUGAGGAAAUCUACACCCAGCCUUACGAGUCCAUCCCCUGGUACCAGCAACGCAACAACAUCUGCAAAGCUGAUGAGUACUACCCUCAUACACGUCUGCUGAACUUUUUGAAUGGGGGGUUGGUUAUUGCGGAGAAGGUUACUUCGCGAUCGAUGGUCAGGAAGGCGGCUUUGAGAGCUGCUUAUGCCCAGGUCAAGUACGAGGAUGAGAACACGCAUUAUUUGGAUAUUGGACCUGUCAACAAGGUUAUGAACAUGUUGUCGACGUAUUAUGAGGAGGGCAAGGAAUCGGAGGCUUUCAAGAAGCAUGUCAAAUACAACAUCGAUUUCAUGUGGAUGUCGAGCGAGGGAAUGAUGAUGAACGGAACAAACGGCUCACAGUUGUGGGACACUGCGUUGUUGACCCAGGGAGUCAUCGAGUCGGGAUUGGCGCAUGAGAAGCAAAACCACGAGUCGAUGAAGCGUGUCCUUACCUUCUUGGAUGUCCAGCAGAUCCGAAAGAACCCUCCUUUUAUGAAGGAGGGUUAUCGUGACCCCACCAUGGGUGCUUGGGCUUUCAGUAACAAGCACCAGGGUUACACCGUCUCGGAUUGCACCGCUGAAGGUCUCAAAGCCGUCCUUCUCCUCCAGGGCAAGCUCAGCUACACGGAGGACUUGGUCUCGGUGAAGAGGAUGGAGGAGGCAGUCGAUAUUGUGUUGGGGAUGCAAAACUCGAGCGGAGGAUUCGCCUCAUACGAGAGUGUCCGUGGCCCCGCCUGGUUGGAGUGGAUCAACCCCGCCGAGGUCUUUGGAAACAUCAUGAUCGAGUACUGCUACCCCGAGUGCUCCACCGCCUGUGUCCUCGGACUCUCCUACUUCCGUGAUCAGCGCCCCAACUACCGCCGCGAUGAGAUCGACGCCACGAUCGACCGUGCAGUCAAUUUUAUCCUGUCAGACCAACGCGCGGACGGAUCCUGGUACGGCUCCUGGGCAAUCUGCUUCACCUACGCAACCAUGUUCGCCUGCGAAUCCCUCUCAAGCGUCGGCCAAUACUACGACAACUCGGACCCCGUCCGCCGCGCCUGCGAGUUCCUCCUCUCCAAGCAGCGCGAGGACGGCGGCUGGGGCGAGUCCUACAAGUCCUGUGAACAGCACCGCUACGUCGAGCACGAGGAGACUCAAGUCGUUCAGACUUCUUGGGCCCUCAUGGCACUUUUGGCGGCUCGCUGCCCUGACAAGGCCGCGAUCCAGCGCGGUAUCCGGAUGCUUAUGAGGCGUCAGCAGCCUGAUGGACAGUGGAAGCAGGAGGCUAUUGAGGGAAUCUUUAACCACUCUUGCUCAAUCUCUUAUGGAAACUAUAAGCAUAUUUUUACCAUUUGGGCACUUGGACGGUACGGCAAGAUGUACGGCGACGAGACCUUGUAA